AUGGUUCCCUGGAGAUUCCUAGUCUUCCUAGGCCUCUUCGCAAAGACAAUCCAAUCACAGACCAAUGCAACACGGACAGCCUGCGAAACCCUUCGCAGAGAACUGCCGGGCGCAGUCUACUUCCCCGGAUCAACGGGCUACACCGAUACUUUGGCUUCGUAUUUCAGCAGAGAAGAGCAAGAACUCGAGCCAUCAUGCGUCAUAAAACCGACCAACUCUAGUGAAAUAUCCACGGCAAUUCAAACGAUACACUCAUUUCUCGAUUCUGGUGUCCAGUUCGCCGUGCGAGGUGGAGGACACACACCAUACGCCGGAGCAGCCAACAUCGAUAAAGGCAUAACACUGGACCUCAGUCUCAUGAACGAAGUCAAGCUCAGUGCGGAUCGCAAAACCGUUGAGCUUGGACCAGGAGGGAAAUGGCGGAAAGUCUGGAAGGCGCUGGAUCCUUACAAUGUCACUGUCACCGGCGGAAGAGACUCGGACGUUGGCAUUGGGGGAUACCUCCUUGGAGGUGGGCUGAGUUACCUAGGUCCAAUUCUAGGGUGGGGAUGCGACAACAUCCUGGAAUAUGAGAUUGUCCUGGCCAGCGGCAAGAUUAUCACUGUGAAUGAGAAUUUGUACCCUGAUCUGUUCCUGGCGCUGAAAGGCGGCGGGAACAAUUUCGGAAUUGUCACCAAGUACAUCAUGAGCACCUACCCACUUGGCAAAUUCUGGGGAGGAUUUAUCGCCUAUGAGACCAACCAGUGGUCUGCACAGACAUUGGCGUUCUCGAAGUUCAUGGGUGCUAAGCCUUAUGAUCCUCAUGCAGCCAUGAUCCAGAGUUAUGGCUGGUCAUCUGCGUUUGGGGGCUCGAUCAGCAAUGGUCUGGCGUACACCAAGCCAGUGCCAUAUCCAGCUGCUUUUAAUGGCCUUGCAAACAACGCUACAUCGUUUUCCGACGCCUUGCGCAUUGAUACUAUGGAGUCUUUCGCUGCAGAGACAGACAGCUACCAGUCAUCUAACAGACGACAAACCUGGUACACGACAACUUUUGCACACACCCCAGACAUUUAUUCAACAAUUUACAAAAUCUACAACGCAUCCAUCGCCGGUAUUACCAAUGUUCCCGCCAUGAACUGGUAUCUAACUCUUCAACCCUCUCCUGUCCUGAACCGCGUGAACAGUUUAGGGCUGGAUACAGGAGAGGAGAGACUCGGCAUUGCCCUCAUAACAGCCUACUACAACGACACCUUCGCCGAUCGACAUGUUGAUCUCGCAGCAAGGAAGCUAAUUAUGGAUAUCGAGGCCGCAACUAAGGAAGCUGGGGUCUACCGUCCUUAUAAAUAUUACAACUACGCGGGUGCCGGACAAGCUGUGAUUGAUGGAUAUGGAAAUGAGAGUAAAGGUAAUCUUCAGGCCGUAAGCAAGAAGUACGAUCCGCAGGGUCUUUUCCAGAAGGGCCUUCCAGGUGGUUUUAAAAUUUUUAAUUAA